ACUCUCACUCACACCAUUGAUGGCCACAGUUUUUCUAGAAUGGAAGUAAUCGAGUAAGAGAGGUAGGUCCAGCUCAGGUUUCCUUUUGGUCGCGGCAGUGGAAACAGCAAGGGUUUAAGCUUUCCCUCGAGCCACCUUAGCUCUCCGUUAUAAUCUCGCGCCCCCGCCCACAGUCAAUGGAAGGUCAGGUCCCGAAGAAGCGAGGCCGGAAGCCGAAGCCCAAGGAGGAUAAAGACCAACAGCAGCCACCGCAAGGCAAGAUGAAGGAAGCGAAGCGCGGUCAGCACGCUGCUUCUGUUGACGAGAAGUACACUCAGUGGAAGUCUCUGGUCCCCGUGCUCUACGACUGGCUCGCCAACCACAAUCUCGUCUGGCCUUCCCUCUCUUGCCGAUGGGGUCCUCAGCUUGAGCAAGCUACUUACAAGAAUCGUCAGCGCUUGUACCUCUCCGAGCAGGCGAGAUCGAGAUCCUUUACUGAUGGUAGUGUUCCAAACACACUUGUCAUUGCUAAUUGCGAGGUUGUGAAGCCAAGAGUUGCGGCUGCUGAGCACAUAUCUCAGUUUAAUGAAGAAGCACGAUCUCCGUUUGUCAAGAAAUACAAGACCAUUAUACACCCUGGGGAGGUGAACAGAAUCAGGGAACUUCCGCAGAAUAGCAGGAUAGUGGCUACUCAUACUGAUGGCCCUGAUGUUCUAAUAUGGGAUGUAGAAACACAACCAAACCGGCAUGCAGUCCUUGGAGCUUCGAACUCUCGGCCUGAUCUGGUAAGAAAACAUAUUAAGGUGGUGAUGUUUGCUUAUCUGUCUUCUUUAUGGAAUAUUUUAACUGGACACCAAGAUAAUGCAGAAUUUGCUCUGGCAAUGUGUCCAACAGAACCCUUUGUGUUAUCUGGAGGGAAGGAUAAGUCAGUGGUUUUGUGGAGUAUCCAGGACCAUAUCACAUCCUCUGCGUCUGACCCAGCUGGCGGAAAGUCUCCAGGAUCUGGUGGCGGCUCCAUCAUUAAAAGGGAUGCUAAUGACAAAGCUGUUGAUGGCCCAACUGUUGGACCAAGAGGGAUCUAUCAGGGCCACGACGAUACAGUCGAAGAUGUUGCUUUCUCUCCAUCCAGUGCGCAGGAGUUCUGUAGUGUAGGAGAUGAUUCUUGCCUCAUUCUUUGGGAUGCUCGAGUUGGCACUAGCCCCGUUAUCAAGGUUGAAAAGGCUCAGAAUGCUGAUCUGCACUCUGUUGAUUGGAGUCCACAUGACAGCAACUUUAUUCUGACUGGUUCUGCGGACAAUUCUGUUUGCAUGUUCGACCGGCGAAGCCUCACCAGUAACGGAGUUGGCUCACACGUUCAUAAAUUUGAGGGCCAUAAAGCUGCUGUUCUUUGUGUCCAGUGGUGUCCCGACAAGUCAUCUGUCUUUGGAAGUUCUGCUGAGGAUGGGAUCCUAAAUAUCUGGGAUUAUGAGCAGAUUGGUAAAGAAACAGAUGCAAAGGCCGCAGGAGCUCCUGCAGGAUUGUUUUUCCAGCAUGCUGGGCACAGGGACAAAGUGGUAGACUUCCACUGGAAUACACAUGAUCCUUGGACGAUUGUUAGCGUAUCUGAUGAUUGUGAGACUAGUGGUGGAGGUGGCACCUUACAGAUAUGGAGGAUGAGUGAUUUGCUGUAUAGGCCAGAGGAGGAAUUGUUGGAGGAGCUUCAGAACUUCAAAACCCAUGUGAGUAAAUGCACAGCCAAGAACUGAAAGGGAUAGACCGCGAAUUCGGAAGCAACGAACCACAUGGUCUGUCGGUUCAAGCGAUGUUUGUCAUCAUGAGUUCCCUUUCUGUUUUGGUACAGCUUUUGUGCGACUGUAGGAGAUUGCAGGAAUUGGUUUAAGAAGGUAGUGUAAGAGAGGGAUAUGAUCCUUCUGUUCUGUAGGCUUUUCUUUCUAUUAUGGUUUGUGAAAAAUGGUUAAGUUGGGGAAGGUGUUUAAUAUCAUAGGCUUUGGAGUAGCCCGUAAAUGGCCGCUCAAUGUCUUAAAUGAUGAAGUUUGGCCACCCUACCGUUAUUCUUCGGUGCUAGCUUUGGUCCCUCUUUUUUUUUUUUACAGGUCUCUUGAAGGCUGACGAGAUUUGUUCCCUCCAACAAGUUCUAUUAGUCCUCUCUUAAACUUAACUCAGUAA